AUGAAAGGCUGCAAUGUUUUUCUCCUCUGUGUGGCAGCCUUCAGUACUUGGACAGUUACAGCAGAUGCCAAAGAGUUAUCCAUCACCACUAUAAAGGAGGAGCCGUACACCAUGAGCAGAGGCUCUGAGCUGGAGGGCUUCUGCAUGGACCUGCUCACAGAACUGUCGAAGAUAAUGGGCCUCAAGUACAAUGUGCACCUGGUGAAGGAUAACCGCUACGGAGUCAUGGAUGCCAGCGGCAACUGGAACGGCAUGAUCGGUGAGAUCGUCAGAGGGGAGGCUGACCUGGCUGUGGCCCCGCUGACCCUCACUGCUGUCAGAGAGCAACAUGUGGAAAUGACCACCCCCUUCAUGCAGACAGGAAUCGGCUUCAUCCUGCGUAAGGACGUGGCCUCUGAGGAGAGCACCCUCAGCCUGCUGGCGCCCUUUUCCACCAACAUGUGGAUUGGAAUCCUCGUUGCCUUCCUGCUAACAGGUCUCUGCAUAUUCCUGGUGGGCAGGAUCAGUCCCAGUGAAUGGUCCGAGCCAGACACAGAGCAGCACGACUUCACUUUGCUGCACAGCUUCUGGUACAUCACAGGAGCUCUCACCUUACAAGGUGCCGGUCCUCACCCUAAAGGCCUCUCUGGACGUUUUGUCAGCGCCAUCUGGUGGCUAUUUGCUCUAGUGCUGCUGGCCUGCUAUUUUGGCAACUUCAACUCCAAAUUGCACUCCAACAGCAAACACGUCUCCAUCAGCAGCUUUGAAGACCUCGCCAACCAGGAUGUGAUCGAUUAUGGCACAGUUGAAUCUGGAUCCACCAUGUUUUUCUUUAAGAGUUCCAAGAAUCCUCUGCUCGAGCGUAUCUACCAGAACAUGGAGCGUAAGAAGAGCUUCGUGUCCAGCAUGGAGGAAGGUCUCCGCCGUGCCCAGGAGGGAAACUUUGCUUUCAUUGGUGAAGCAGUGUCCUUGGACUUGGCAGUGGCUCGUUACUGUAAACUGGUCCGAUCACAGGAGGUCAUCGGUAUGAGAGGCUACGCCAUCGCAGCACCACUGGGUUCCUUGCUUGCCAAAAACCUAACUGUGGCUAUCCUCAGCCUCAGCGAGUCUGGCACGUUAACGUUCCUGCAGCAAAAGUGGUGGGCCAGCAGCUGCUUGGGGGCCAACAGGGCCCACGGCUCAGAGGCCCUGCAGCCCCAUGAUUUGAGAGGCGUCUUCCUCCUCCUGGGCCUGGGACUGGGUGUGGGGCUAUUGCUGGCCCUGCUGGAACUGUUGUCGAGGGCCCGCAACCAAGCUAAGGAUGGCAAGAAAUCAUGCUGCUCGGAGCUGACAGCAGAGCUGAACCGGAGGUUUGGCAGCCGAGAAGCGAGCACAGAGGAAGACAUCCCUGACAAAAGCAAAGCUUAAAGGAAAAGUGUACAUGUUAGCUUCUGAUAAGGUAGCAGCGGACUUUCUGUAGUGACAGCUUCAUGUCGCGCUGCCAUUCAGUUUGUUUUGUACUUUUUCGUAAAAGGCUCUGUAGAAAUAAUU